AGCGCGAGCCGCGCGGCGCGGAGCAAACAGCGCCGAGCCGCCGCCGCCUCAGCAGCAGCAGCAGCGAUCGUGCACACCCGGGCUGCGGUCGCAGCAGCGCUAACGUGAGCGCCCGCCGCCGCCCUCGCCACCCCGCCUGACUACUCCAGCUGCCGCCGGGCUCUCGCUUUCUCUCCGGCCUCCCCUCGACCCUUCCCCUCCCCCUACCCGGCACUCUCGGGGGGCUGGGAGCGAGCUGCCAUGUGAUGCGCGUCCUCUCGGUGAGCUUUUGGUGACCCCCCGAACCGCCCACCGCGCCGGCUCCCUGGAGGGGGCUGCAGGCUGGGAAGACGCAGGGAAGAGGAGGCGGAAAAGGACGCAAAGUUCUCUGGCGAGUGCAGCUGUCUGCUUCAGGAAGUGAGGACUACAGCAACGAGGAGAAUCUUCAAGAGCUGCCUCGCACUGUGACAUGUCUGAGCCCUUGCUCCAGUCCCUGCAGCAUGAACAAGGUGGACACUCACUGACCUGUCACAAGGUUACUCUGCAAAGCUUUGGGGUCCAUGCCUGAAUGGAUUGCUGUAGCCUUCUCAUCUCUCCCUUCGCCCAGUUCCCUGCAUCCUAAGACUCGAAGCCAGCACAGAGCCUGGAAAAAUUACAUGGUGUGAACGGCAUGUCUGUGGAUGAGAAGCCUGACUCCCCCAUGUAUGUGUAUGAGUCCACAGUCCACUGCACCAACAUCCUCCUGGGCCUCAAUGACCAGCGGAAAAAGGAUAUUCUCUGUGACGUGACUCUGAUCGUGGAAAGGAAGGAGUUCCGGGCCCACCGGGCUGUGCUGGCCGCAUGCAGUGAAUACUUCUGGCAGGCGCUGGUUGGACAGACGAAAAAUGACUUGGUGGUCAGCUUGCCUGAGGAGGUCACGGCCAGGGGCUUUGGGCCUCUGCUACAGUUUGCCUACACCGCCAAACUAUUACUCAGCAGAGAAAACAUCCGCGAGGUCAUCCGCUGUGCUGAGUUCCUGCGCAUGCAUAACCUGGAGGACUCCUGCUUCAGCUUCCUGCAGACCCAGCUCCUGAACAGUGAGGAUGGCCUGUUCGUGUGCCGGAAGGACACGGCGUGCCAGCGCCCGCACGAGGACCGUGAGAACUCCGCGGGAGAGGAGGAGGAGGAGGAGGAGGAGACGAUGGACUCCGAGACGGCCAAGAUGGCGUGCCCCAGGGACCAGAUGCUUCCAGACCCCAUCAGCUUUGAGGCCACCGCCAUCCCAGUAGCCGAGAAGGAAGAAGCUUUGCUGCCCGAGUCGGAUGUGCCGGCCGACACCAAGGAGAGCUCUGAAAAGGACGCGUUAACACAGUACCCCAGAUACAAGAAAUACCAGCUUGCAUGUACCAAGAAUGUCUACAAUGCAUCAUCACACAGUACCUCAGGUUUUGCAAGCACAUUCAGUGAAGAGAACUCUAGCAACAGCCUCAAGCCGGGGCUUGCCGUGGGGCAGAUUAAAAGUGAGCCGCCCAGUGAAGAGAACGAGGAAGAGAGCAUCACGCUCUGUCUGUCCGGAGAUGAGCCUGACAGCAAGGAACGAGCGGGUGAUAUUGAAAUGGACCGGAAACAGCCCAGCCCCGCCCCCGGCCCCGCCCCCGCCGCCGGGGCCACCUGCCUGGAGAGAUCCAGGAGCGUGUCUUCCCCCUCCUGUUUAAGGUCUCUGUUCAGCAUAAAAAAUAGUGUGGAGUUGUCUGGCCUGCCCAGUACCUCUCAGCAGCACUUUGCCAGGAGUUCAGCGUGCCCUUUUGACAAGGGGAUCACUCAGGGUGACCUUAAAACUGACUACGCCCCUUUCCCGGGGAAUUACGGACAGCCCCACCUGGGCCAGAAGGACCCGUCCAACUUCACCAUGGGGUCGCCCCUCAAGGGGCCUGGGUUGGAGGCUCUCUGUAAACAGGAAGGAGAGCUGGACCGGAGAAGUGUGAUCUUCUCCUCGAGCGCUUGUGACCAAGUGAGCACUGCGGUGCAUUCGUAUUCUGGGGUAAGCAGUUUGGACAAAGACCUCUCCGAGCCGGUGCCAAAGGGUCUGUGGGUGGGGGCUGGCCAGUCCCUCCCCAGCUCACAGGCCUACGCCCACGGUGGGCUGAUGGCUGACCAUUUGCCAGGAAGGAUACGGCCCAACACUAGCUGCCCGGUGCCGAUCAAAGUCUGCCCUCGCUCGCCCCCCUUGGAGACCAGGACCAGGACUUCCAGCUCAUGCUCCUCCUAUUCCUACGCAGAGGAUGGGAGCGGGGGCUCACCCUGCAGCCUCCCUCUCUGUGAGUUCUCCUCCUCGCCCUGUUCCCAGGGAGCCAGAUUCCUAGCCACAGAACAUCAGGAACCAGGCCUGAUGGGAGAUGGAAUGUACAACCAAGUCCGACCCCAAAUUAAAUGUGAGCAGUCUUAUGGAACCAACUCCAGCGACGAAUCCGGAUCGUUCUCGGAAGCAGACAGUGAGUCGUGUCCCGUGCAGGACAGGGGCCAGGAGGUCAAACUUCCCUUUCCUGUAGAUCAAAUCACAGAUCUUCCAAGGAACGAUUUCCAGAUGAUGAUUAAGAUGCACAAGCUAACCUCAGAACAGUUAGAGUUCAUUCACGACGUCCGACGGCGCAGCAAGAACCGCAUCGCGGCCCAGCGCUGCCGCAAGAGGAAACUAGACUGUAUUCAGAAUUUAGAAUGUGAAAUCCGCAAAUUGGUGUGUGAGAAAGAGAAGCUGUUGUCAGAGAGGAACCAACUGAAAGCCUGCAUGGGGGAGCUGCUGGACAACUUCUCCUGCCUUUCCCAGGAAGUCUGCCGCGACAUCCAGAGCCCUGAGCAGAUCCAGGCCCUGCACCGGUACUGCCCCGUCCUCAGACCCGUGGGCCUCCCCGCAGCCUCCAGUAUUAACCCCGCGCCCUUGGGCGUCGAUCAGAACCUGGCCGCCGCGCAGUGUGCGGUGGGCGAAAGCGCACCCUGCUGCUUGGAGCCCGGAGCGGCUCCCCCCGGCCCCCCCUGGGCCCCCGGCUGCGCCCCGGAGAACUGUACUUCCGGGAGGAGGCCGGAGGGCGCUGAGCCGGGAACCUUCUCAGAGAGGGCGCCUCCUCUUGAAUCCAGGAGCCAGACGGUGACCGUGGACUUCUGCCAGGAGAUGACUGAUAAGUGUACGACUGACGAGCAGCCCCGGAAAGAGUACACCUAGUGACCCGGCCCGCCUUCCAGUUCUCCCACGUCUCCCCCCCCACCCCCCAGGGGGUUCCUCGGUCAGCCUGCGGUGCUGUUCAUCUGUUGUCUGGAAGAACCAAGAAGGAAUUUGGUGCACACUACAGCGUUCUUAGCAGCAAUACUGUUUCUAAGUAUUCCCUCCUCUCUCCACGCGGGAGUGAUACACAGUUCCCUUCACAAUGGUGCUACCCCUUGCCCAGGCAAGGAAAGACGGCGGUGGUGACACUGCCUGUCUGUGGGUUAAUUUCAGUCUCAACAGGGAUAGACUAUAACACCUCUAGGACCCAACCACGGAUUUUUUUUCUCAGUGGCCCAUGUCACAAACCCUAUCUCAGGAAUUUCUUCUGAAUGUUCAAUUUUUUCAUUGAAGACAGCUUCUAUACACAUCAAAGUUUUAUAGCUAGACUGUACAUAUUAUAUAUAAUAUAUAUAUAAAAUAUAUAUAUAUCCAUAUGCAAAAGUCCUGCAUGCCUCAAUUUUCUCAUCCUGAAACUGGAAACUUCAUUUCUCGUUUAUCAACAGGUUCCAACAUUCCUCUUCUUUUGUCUCCGAUGCUAGAACUAGUUUGGUAACUGUUAACAUAGUCAUUUUUCUUGCUUCACAGUUCAAUUUCAGUUUGUACUUAUUUAUGGAACAGAAUUCAAUGUUGGAAGCUUUUUUUUUUUUUUUGAGGUUUUAUUUCAGACCCUUUUUCUGUUGUUGUUUGGUUUGCUUUGGGCACCAUCGGCCGGUGUCCUCGGAGUGUCGUGGGUUUGUUGUUUUUUUUCUUGCAGAUACUGUACAGUCAUGGUCAACUUUGCCACUUGCACUGAGUUUUGGGUCAAACCUAUUUUCUUAAAUGAAGUUGUUAUUACUUCAGUAUAACUCAAGUAUACUGUAUAUUCUUUGCUUUUAGUUGAAAAGUAAGACAUUUUAGCUAAUUAAAAAGCACUCAGGUGAUAAUUAUGUAGGAAAAAUAAUCUUGCCAAAUAAUGAAUUCAUCCUAGGAUGUGUAGACAAUAAUCUGCUUGAAUAUUUUUAUAUUUCACCUCCUCCCCACCUCUCCCGGAAGCAAAGUUUAAAUGCAGAGAGUUCAGAGUUGAUGCUGGAUGUUCAGACUCCUAAGUGGGGAGAGAAUUUGGACGUCCACUGGAAAGUGCAUCCAAACAGCAGGAACCCAUGAUUUUGUACCAGAACUCAGCAGGCAUUGGCUCCUAAAAAUCAAGUUAGAACUAUUUUCUCACCCAGGGGGCGAGUCCCAUUCAUUUCAACCCGUCCUCAGGCCUCUGCCUGUUUUUGGAAGGGCAGCGCAGGAGGAACUUUGUGGAAGGAUUUGGCUGAUCAGCCACCCGACCACCCCGGCCCCCUGCUCCCCUGUCCAGGCCCACUACGCAGGCUGGGCUCCCAGGACCUCUCACCUGAGUCAGUUUAAAUCACAGCACCUGGGGUCCUGCCUGUAAGCGGCGUCCUGGGUUAAUGCAGCUUGCCCAGAGUAGGAGAGAGUGGGCACAUGUGAGCCUGGGGUCUGUCCCUGACGCAGGCAAAAGAAUUUCUCCCUCCCUUCUCCAAAUGCUUUGAGUUGAAUUCUGAGGGUUUUCUGCUUGUCUCUUGUCCAAAGGCAGAUUUCGUUCUGAGGCUUUGGACACGAUAUGGCCAAGGAGCCCCCCUGCCCCCUUACCCCGCCACACACACACACACACACACACACACACACACACACACACACACACACAGACACACACACACACACCACACACACCCCACACACACACCCUCACCUGAUGGUAAUUUUCUUCUCUUGCUGCAAAACUGGUUGGCUUGCAACCCACAGAGAGCAGCUUCCCUUGGCUUUGGGGGCAUGCUGGCCCCUGGCCACGUUUACAGGAAGAUGUGCCCAGACCCUGUCCCCAGCGUAAGAGGAGGCGGAGUCCCUCCCUCCCUCCAGUGGGCCCUCCAGCCUGGCUGCGGGAAGAGUCCCAAAAGGUUUGAUGUGGGGAUGGGGUGGUGGGCAGUGGGGAGUAGACAGUUGACUUUGUUUCUUUAUUUGUGCCAUUGUUUGGACAAUAUUAAAGCUGCAUGUAAAAGGGGAAAUUAGUAUAUGAUGUAGGCGAAAAGUGAAAUCAUAGUAACAUAUGUUUUAGUAUUAUUAACUUUUUUCUGUACAAAUAUUAGCGCUAAAUGUUUAAAUAUGUAUGAAUGCCAGAAAUUUGUUGGUUCAUGCGGUAGGAUUAAAAAAAAAAAAAGGCUUUUCUUUUCAAAUAGCUCCGCUUUUAAAACCUGCCUCUGGGUUUCUGUUUCUCCUCAUGUGCGUGUGUAUGUGCGUGUGCUAGUCUGAGACAGAUUUUGAUGUGGCUCAGCGUUGGAGCUGCCGUUUUUAUUAUGGUUGUUGGAAUGUCUUGGCCUAGUGGAGCGGUUCUGUGCUUCACCGUGGGGUUUGCCUUUGUGGAAACCUGGUGAUGGCUGGAAUUUAAAUUCAAUGUGAAUCAUGUGAUGCACCACAGGUAUGUGUUGCGGUGGAGGAGUCAGCCAACAGUAUUUUGUUGUUUUUUUUUUUAACUCUCUGGUUGCCUUUUUUAAGUGACCUCCUCUUCUUUUGGAAAAAAAAGAAUGUUUCCUGCUAGUCUCAUAACCAGGUCCAAACCAGCCUGUUGGCGUGAUUCACCCUGGUGACAGCUCAUGUGCAACUGGUAGUCUUGACCACAUUCCACAGUCUCCCCCUGUCUGUCGUUCCGUCCGCUCGCCCUGUGCUGCGGCCAUGUCCGGGUGGGGGAGGGGGCCCUCCUGAUUUCCCUCCACCCUAAUUCAGCUCACAUUCUCCUGCCCCCAACCCCCACCUCGCAUUUCUCCCUCUUCCUCAACCAACCCCCCCCCCACCCCGCUAUGGGAACUGGUUAAAAACACUGCUUGAAAAACUCUUUCCAUUUCUUAGAGAUUUUCUAACGACUUAAUGAUUUUGUUCACUAUGUACCAUAAACAGUGACUGGCUUUGUGCAAUUGUCUGUGUGACCUGUCUUGUCUUCUACUACCCUGAACCAUGUGUUCGUCAGAAUUGUUUCCAGGUUGAUUCAAAGGGAGGACUAGCUGGGGAUCAGAAUCCAAACUGCCUCAAGUUGAGUUUUAAAAACCAGACUGUCUCCUUAACUGGGGCCCCUUGGUGAGGCUCGUGUCUUUUAGGAAAAACAAAAGCAAGUUAAUAACAGGGAAUAGUGUUUGCACAGCAUGGUGACAUGUAGUUGUGCUUGAAGGGCCCUUCCUUAUAAAAAUAAAGGACCCUCCCGCCAUGGACUGCUUAGGAAGAUCCCUGCCGAGGCCGAGUCGGGUCUCCAAAUAGGUGGGCAUGAGCUGUAGGGGCGGGGACCGUGGCGGUGGCCCCCUGGCUAGUUACCAUCUGCCUGAAUCUAGUCCUCCCCUUGGAUCUGCCUGUGUCCUACUUGUGUGUCCAGACAACCUCGCUUCAUUCAGGUUGGUCAGGCUUUGGGCAGGUGAGUGCUUUGCUGUAUGUGUUUGUUUCUCUGCGUUAUCUGGGGGUGCCUUGGAAUAAAAUCAAACUUCAUUACGUACUGAUUCUGGAACAAAACGGUUGCAAAAACAAAACAAAAGAGCUGGCAAAGUGACUAGGCCAUCCUGCUAUUUCUGUUCCGGGUGCCCUCACAAUGACUCAGGCGUCAGAGGUGAUGCUGCAGUAUAAAACAUUAUUUUGUAUAUUGUACAAGUAAUUUAUUAACUGUCUUUCUAAAAGUAUGCUGCUUUUAAGAUGCACUAUGACUUUGGAUUUAAUCCUUGUAUUGCUUUCCCAAGGAAGUAAAAAAAAAAAAAAAAAAAGGUUAGCGAUUAGAAUGCCAACUGCCACUUCUCCUUAAAAAGGAGGCCAGGGACCAGCUCUAGGACUUGCACCAGCGAACUGCCAGAAAUUAAGUGGCCACAAUGUGAAGUUCAAAGCUGUUACCAAGAGAUCUAGGGGCGCCUGGCUGGCUCAGCCAGUAAAGCACGCGACUCUUGAUCUCAGGGUUGUAAGUUCGAGCCCCACGUAGAGAUGACUUAAAAUCUUCAUUACAAAAGAGCCUAAACCUACACUCUCUUUUAAUACCUUAUGAUUGCCUUUAAAGAAGAAGCAAAGGUGUAUAAACUCUAAGCCUUUUAAGAAAUCCCAGAGUCCUGUCCCUAUGGGCUGCUCCACAUCCUGUGGAGUAGCAUAACCCUCCCAAAGUGGGUCAAGCCUGCAAAGCUACAUAGCUACAAAAGAUCCCCCUGGCUGGGUCUCCAGAUUCUACCCCACUGAAACUAGCAGCUGCUUAAUUAGUAAGUGACUUCAACCUGCUCCCCUAUCGCUUACAGUUUGGGAGGAGUCGCAGACCAGGAAGGGAGCAAGAAUCAAGUUUUGUCUUCAAAUCACUGUAAAUAGACUGAGGGGCAGAGUCUUUUCUUUUUUAAGAAUAAAGCUGUUCACCCGAUCCUAAGUUAAUAAACUUCCCCCAGACCGAGGAUCCUUUUGUAGGCGCAGUUACUGGCGAGUCAGUCCACAGUGCGGUGCCGGGUGUGGAGUCAGUAUUCGUGCAGGAAGUCCGUGUGCAUGGAGGCAGUCUGUGUGUUCUCAGUACCGCCCGAGCCAUCUCCUGACCCAGGCAUCAAAGACUGAUGCUGCAGAACAGACGAUAUUUGUACACAGAUAGUGUGUGCAGAUGGUAUUUGUACAUAGAAAGGACCUAUUGUGGCAGAUUUUGAGGAUAAAUUAUUCAACUGACGGUGCAAAAACAUUUCUUGCAAAGAAAAGUAAGUGUAUAGUAUUUUCCUACACUCCACCCUGGGAGAUAAUAUUUAUAUCAAAUGAAUAUCAGUGCAUUUUAAUUGUAAUAUGAGAAUGAAGCUGCCAUUCUGUGAAGAAUACCCUUUGGUUGCAGAGGCCCAAUCUGUAGCUUUGAUUUAAUGUUGUGACGUGGUGCAUGCAUCUCACUGUCAAGUGAUGGAUAAACACCUCUGACUUUCACUUCAUUCCAGUUUAUUGACCUCAGCUAAAACAGUGGCCCUCCUUAGAAGCAGAAGGGCACCAAGACCAUUCAUUCAGUGCCAAACGUUCCUGGGGGGCUGAUCGGACAUGUAUGUGAGGAAAGAGGGAAGGGACUUGGACAAAGAGGGUUUUUCCUACCGAUGAUGCUAAGUCUCCUACCAAAAUACGUCAGCAGGCAGAGGGGUAACCUCCCCUGGGUCCUAACGAUGCAUUUGGCGUGUGUGAAUGCUGGGAUGCCCAUUCACGCUCGGACCCAAAAGACCUGCCACUUCUAGUGAGUGAACAGGAAGAUUCCAAAUGCACUUGGGAGCUCCAGGUGCUGGUUAGACACAGUGUGCCGUUCGAGGCAAGCACCACCUUUGCCCGUGAGGCCAGAAGGGCCUGGGAGAAUUUGUUCCAGAACCAGUCUGAUGCAAGUGCACCUCUAAUAUAUGCCUUACAAACUCCAGAGGCCAUAUUCAAAACAGGGUCUUCUCAGUGUAUGCAAGGGGCCGCAGCCCCUCUUCUCUUCCUCCCCAGGUCGAACAAUACGGACAGUUUCACACAUAUCUACCUGUAUAACCCUCUGUACCUCUCAUAACUGCUCAACGACUGUAACAGGUUACAUCAGGUGUUUUUCUACAUACUUUUUACACAGAUUCUAUGCGAUUAAUGUAACUUAAUUCAAUGCAUCAUUUUAUUGUACUAGUUCUUAGGCUUGUCUUUUUUUUUCUAAGUGAUUGUGGUUUUCGUUGUGGUUUUUAUUGUAAAAAUGAAAUGGCUGUUGAUGCUUAUUCUCUGUAACUAAGAAUUUUUACCAUUUUGGGGAAAACAAAGCAUUGCUAUGAACUAAUGAAUUGAAACUUCAUUUACUCAUUGUAAAUACACUAUUGUGCAAAAAAAUUUUUUUCACUCAAUUGAAUUGCUAGUGUUAACUGAAUUUUGUCUAGACACCAUUUCUGUUGAUGAAAUAAAGACAUAUCAUUAUGCAUUGUAAGCUGGUUUUCCCUGCCUCUGAUCCCCUGUGUUAAAGAUCACAGGGCUGGAGGCCUUAGGAAAUCUCUUCUCCCAAAGAAUUAUGUGUCUUCCUCUAGUUUGGACCUUUACCUGCUACCUGAUUAAUCUGAUGAAAGACCUAAAAAAUGUGAUAAUGCUAAUGUGACUCCUCAACGCUGAAAUUUAAAAAAUCCCCGAUGCCUGUGAGAGCAGAUAAAAGGCAUUAAACACAA